AUGUCCACCGACCUUGGUAGAAGCUUUGCAGCUGUUGCCGUCUGCGGCUGUGGUCAUGAGGGCCGUCUGGGGUUGAGCCAAGUGGCGAACACGGAAAAUAUAACCCUGCUAGGGGAUUUCCUUCCCGUCGGCGAGGAGGAAAAGACGCCCGGGGUACAGUCCGCGCCGUGCGGGGAGGUGCUUCGUAUCCAUUGCGGAGGCUACCACACGAUCGUUAUCACCACCACCGGGGUCUACGGCUGGGGGAUGAACGACUGUGGCCAGCUCGGCCUUGGGCGAGGGGUGGGAACGGACGCCGAAGGAACCUUCUUCGGGCAUCCUACCCGAUUGAAGUUUUUUGAUGGAAUGAUAUGGAAUUCAAAGCACCAAGAGGAAUCCCACGAAGAAGCGGGAUCCAUGGUGAAAAAGGAAUCAGGGGAACAGGAAUACAUUGUUCAAAUUGCGUGUGGCGCGCUGCACUCAAUGGCCUUGACGAACCGUGCCUUGUAUGCGUGCGGAAAGAACGAGUUCGGCCAGUUAGGCCUCGGACACGACGAGGAAAACGUGAGUGAGUGGACUCGAGUCUGCUCUCACGGAUGUGGCGAUGUUUCUGCUCGCUGUAAUGGAGUCAGCCUGGAUAAUGACAUGAGUCUGAUUAUGCCCUUCGGUACGGACUCUUCCAUCAUUAGGGGUGUCAUCACGAAUGUGAGCUGCGGCACGCACCACACGCUACUCGCUUGGCGCGAUGUGCUGCUUACACGACGUCAUGACGGCGCGGGAGUGGACGAAGCACAUGACGUGAGCUCGACGCAGAGGAUAUGGCAUGAUAAUGACCAUGCAUUACGCGGUUAUUUCUAUCACCCAACUCUUAUAAUGGCUGCCGGGAAGGGUGACUACGGGGAACUGGGCUACGACGAGGAUCUACAUGCUGCCUUGCGUUCCAGAGAUAAACGGGUACAAGGUGCCUUGUGGAGAGAAGCCCUUGUACGGGAAGAACAGUUCCAAGGGUGUGAUGUACAAGGUGAAUAUUUGAAGCCGGAUGCCAAUGGAAGUGGCUAUUCUGAGCCCACACACAUGCAGAAGAAGAUGUUUAAUAAAAAUCCAUGUGCAGGUUGGAUACGGAAGCAGAAGCAACAACAGCGGCGACCGGAGUUUUACUCGGCAAAUUUCAAGGCCGUAAACUUUGAACUCUUGAAAAGGUGUGCGGUGGCUUUACCAACAGCGCUAUCCCCUCAAAACGGCAUGGCCACCCCCGACACUGUCUUCGAUGGGGGCAACCCGAGCAAUCGUUUCCGGGGUGUCAACAUGCCUUCGGAGUACUGGGAAGUCGUACAGCUGCAGGCGAUGCACCUCCAUUCUAGUGCGACGUUAAGGAAGUGUGUUACUCCUACAGAGACUGGGGAUCGCAGCGCGGAUGGCCAGCAUCCCGACACCGAGGAUAUGCAAACCUAUCACUGGGGAUGCUAUUUUUGCGGAGAAAUUGAGGGAAACGAAACUUCCGUGCCGCGACUGCUCGACGGAAAAGCGGGCACGACGAUUCAUGCAGGGUCAGAGAUACUGUUUCGGCAUCGCCUAUCGGAAUCCAUAGGCUCACCAUGUUCAGUUGAAAAGCGUGGGUCUAUGGAGGAUGCCCCUCCAGGGCACUUGAGCGCGCGUGAAGAGGUGUUCGUAUUGGGGCAGGGCACAAUCGGUCUAGGUUCCGAUGACAGCUUUCAGAAAAUCUGGGCACCGAUCCCGGGGACGAUGCACGUGGCGGCGAAAAUUGUCGGGCGUACGCACUUCUUAAUGCUCUUGCGAGAUGCCCAAUUAGCUUCAGACGCGACUAAUUCGUGUGGGGAUCUCAUACUUGGAUUUGGUGAUAAUCUGAACGGCCAAAUUGGUUGCGCGUAUGACCUCCAAAAUGGCAAAGGUGGUCCUCAAAGCUGUUACUCAGGUAAUGGUGCCAGGAAGGAUAGCGUGGAAGUGCUUUCUCCGAGGCACGUGCUGGGGGUUGGUGAUGUUCUGUUAGCAGCACCCACAACAUCAUUAUCCGAGCAACUGAAACAAGACUGUCAGCCGAGGGGUCGCGAAAACGUGAAUCAGCGUGCACACGCGGAUUAUGGGCCUUCUGUGUGGGUGGUUGACCAAAUCAUUGAUGUUGGCGCUGGAGUUCGGCAUUCCAUAGUUUUGGUAAAUGUUCAUUUAGAAAAAAAAAAGCUCACAGACACAUGA